AACAUUGCAACUCAGACAUUUCUAUUUCAAAUCUGUCUGAUUUUGGUUACCUAAUUAGGCACAAACGUGAUGGCCAUAAUGAAAUAUUUGAUGAGCUUAGCCACUAUAGCUGUGCUAUGCAUCAGAUUAUCCAUGGCUACAGACUACACAAUUGGCAGUCCAAAUGGUGGGUGGGAUACUAGCACCGAUCUCCAAACUUGGGCAGCUUCGCAAUCUUUUUUUGUUGGAGAUAACCUCAUAUUCCAAUAUGGAGCUAGUCACAGUGUGUUCGAAGUAUCAGCGGCAGAUCAUGACUCAUGCCAACCAAAUAAUAUAAUUCAAGCCCAUAGCGAUGGCUCUACAGUUAUUCCUCUUACUUCUCCCGGUACUAGAUACUUCAUUUGCGGCACGGCCGGACACUGCGACCAAGGAAUGAAACUUCGCAUUCAAAUUCUUACACCUCCCACGCCACCCCCACCACCACCAGCCACCAUAACUCCACCACCAGCCACCACUCCUGCAACUCCAUCACCACCACCACCAGCCAUAACUCCUGCAACUCCGUCACCAUCCUCUCCCUCGACAACCCCACCGCCACAAGCCCCUACCACUCCUGCAACUCCACCACCAUCCUCUCCCUCAACAACCCCACCUCCACAAGCUCCCACCACUCCUGCAACUCCACCGCCAUCCUCUCCCACAACAACUCCACCACCGCCAGCCAUCACUCCUGCAACUCCGCCACCAUCCUCUCCCACAACAACCCCACCAUCGAGCUCUCCCUCAACAACUCCACCACCAAAAUCUUCUCCUUCUCCGGUCAAUCCUCCGAUGACCUCCCCAUCUCCAACAACUGCCAAUACCUCGCCAUCUCUAUCCCCUGAAAUCACUCCUACCAUGUCUCCGCCACCACGGUCGGAAUCGCCUUCCGGCGGUCCUGUUACGUUCCCUGCAAACUCUCCAGCUCCUGAUGUUUCUUUGGCACAACCACCGUCAUCAUCAUCCACUAGAACUACUCUAAAUAUGAGUUUCAACUCGGUCAUAGUUAUGCUGAUGAUGGUUCUUGCCUUUUAGGCAUUAUUGAGAAAGAACAACAAUGUUUUUGGAGAAUUGUUACUUGUUUUUUUUAUUUUUUUUAUUUGAGUGUAACAAUCUUUGUGUCAUUGCUCUAUCAAUAAAUUUGGUGUGCAUUGAAUUUAAAUUAAGAUGUAUUAUUGAGCUUUCUUGUUGGAACAGUUUAUGAAAUGGAAUGAAAUUACUAAAGAUAGUUUCUGGCUGA